AUGGCCGCACCGCCGCUGGCCGCGAGCGUUUGGGGCACGCCGGGCGUGCUGCCCUCGCUGGAUCCUGCCUCGCUGUACGCCGAGGCGCUGCUGCAGCUCGCGUACGGGUCGACGCAUGCCGUCUAUGCGCUCGAACCGCGCACAUGGCCCCACUCGGACACGGUGCCGAGUCUGUACGCCGCCGAAGGCGACCAGCACCGGGUGCUCGUCGGCGACCCGCUCGCCACGACGCCAGACGCAAUCCGCGCAUACCUGCGUGAACACUCGCCACUUGAUGCGCCGCUGCGUCAGGCGCCGCUCGCCGCGGCGCGUGCGCAGGCGGCGCAGGCGGUGCUCGACGACGCCCUCGCGGACCUCGUCCUGCACGCCCUCUUUUCGCUCCCGGCCAACUUUCAAAAGGUGACUGCGCCGGGCCUCGCGGAGCCGCGCCGACAUGUGCUGCCCUCGUCGCUGCCGCGCCGCCUGCGUGCGGCGGUGCGCGCACGCCUCGAGAGCCCGUCGAUCGGUCUGUGGGGCCUCGGCGGGAGCUGGGAGCGCGAGGAGCGCCUCGAGGCGCGCCGCUGGAACGCGACCGCAGGCCUCGCAGAGGCGCGUGAUCCCGCGUCGCAGCUGCCCAAGACGGGUAUGGCGCAGCACCCCGGCCUUGCGAGCGACGUCAAGGAGCAGUGGGAGCGUUCGCGCAUUGCUGCGCGCGCGCGCGAGCUGUUUGCGACGCUGCGUACGAUGCUCGGUGAGGGCGAAUUCCUCGUGGGGUGCGCGCAGCCGACGUCUGUCGACGCGCGGAUGUACUCGCUCCUCGCGCCGCUCGUGCUGUCUGUGCCGCGGCUGCCGAUCGAUGUGCUGCCUGCACUCCUCGACGCCGAGUUUCCCGAGCUCGUGCGGCACACCAAGCGCAUGCACACGCACCUGUGGGGCGUCGCGCCGAAAGAGAUGUGGGCGUGGCAGCGGCCCAAGGCCGAGUACAGCCAGCCCGCGCUGACGCUCGCGCCGCUCUGGGACGCGCUCUCGCCGAAGAAGUGGAUGGCCGAGUGGCGUGCGGAGAAGAAGAGCGAGGAGCGCCUGCCGCCGACGCUGCGGUACGGCCGCCUGGCGUUUGGGCUGUGGGCGGUCUUUGGCUCGCUCGCGUACAUUGCGCUGACUGGCCUCAUUACGAUUGAGUACGACGAGGAGGGCGAGGAAGACGAGGUCGACCCCGACGAGGUCGACCCCGAGAUCCACCCCGAAGAGGUCGACCCCGACGAGGUGGAGCCGGCGACCUAUCCUCCCCCCGAAGAAGGGCCGCCGGACAUGGGCACGAUCGACCCGUCCGAGUUCCUCGAGGACGGAAUGGAAGACGACGAGUAA